AUCUUCGCUUCAGAAUGUUUUAUUCCCAGCUAAUAGAAUUCUUACUCUGCGUGAGUCUUGCCUUGGCAUACAACUUUAACUAUCCCAACGGACUAACAACUCAAGUCACUUGUGACAAGGGCGAAACUCAUUUAUAUAGCCGAAUCGGAGAGAAAUAUUACUUUUUAGGAAAAACAAAAGUCACUUGGUUCGAAGCAGCUCAUAUAUGUCGACAAUUUGGCGGUGACUUGGCCGAUAUCGAAUCAGCCGAAGAAAUGGAUGCGAUUUCUACUUAUCUCAAAAAAGAGCACAGUAGAAAUGAUUGGUUUUGGAUAGCGGGAAAUGAUCUUGUCACUGUUCAUAAGUUUGUCUCAUUAACAACUGGUCUGCCUUUGACUUUCACAGCUUGGUCACCUGGACAACCCGACUUUCCUGGCACGGAGCAAUGCAUGCACCUGUGGCUCAGCGGUGAAGUCUUGUCUUCCGAAUGAAUAACUGGGUCUGCACUCAAAAGGCUUUCUAUCUUUGUCAAAGACAGAACUAUACUCGGUGCUGGGAUGGUUGUUAAGUGUUUCAAAACUCUUCA